AUGAUCAACCUCAUGGCAGCACCAGACACGUGGAACUGGCCGGUCCAAUGGCCUGGCAGCGCGGAGAUGCAGAUCCGAACCUCCUGGAUCGACGCGGAUGCUAAGGUGUGCGUCUUGGGUGCCGUUGCAGCUGCAGCCCGAUGGUUUGGCACCGAGAUUCUGGAGCUCACGGCGAUGGAUGAUGGCCACAAGCCCAGAUUGACUGCAGUGGUGGGUUUGAAUUUGAUUCACUGCUUGGCGGAAUCAUUUACCCCCGGAUGCUCACUUGGCAAUGUUGACAAAGCUUUGCAACUCCUAACUGGAGAUGAAGAUUUGCAGGUGCCGGUUUUUAAGCACCCAGUGAAGAAGGAUCUUCUUCCCUUUGAAGACCGCAUUGCGAUGUGCAAGCUCGCCGUGUCCGCCAGCAACAUUGGAGUCAGCUCUGUAGAACAAGAGACUGGAGAGUCAAAUGCGGUCAUGCUUCGAGCAUUGCGCAGCAAAUAUCCAAAAGGAAGUCGGCUGCUUUGGGUUUGCGGGGACGAUGUGUUUGACUGGAUCUCCAACGAGAAAGGCCAAGCGAUGCUGGCCGAGUUGGAUGGCCUCAUCGUCCAGAGAAGGUUGCACAAGGCAUGUGAUAGCCAGGCCGACCGAUUCUACAAAGCGCCAGUUGACAGUGACAAAGUUCGGGCGUUGGUGGCAGAGCAUCGGGUUCAUGUGGACUUUAUUUACGGUGAGCUACCACACUACUCAUCCACACUGGUGCGGAAUUCGCCAGCAAGCUGGCGUGCAUUUUUGCCCCAGAAGGUUGCAGCCUACUUAGAUGAUCGCCCUGCCCUUCUGGCACAGCUGGUGCGGACUGGAGAUGCUCCAGCCUCACGUGUCUCUCCUCCAGCCUCACCUUUGGUCGUGCUGGACAAGAACAUGCUCGAUGAUGCAGAGCCCGGCUAUCAAGAAGACCUUGAGUUUGAAAAGGAGUUGACAGAUGCCGCGGAAAUUAUGCUGAAGACAAGCUCACUGGAACUGGAGGUGCUGGAGGAGACCAGUACCUCCACGACCUCCACCGGGGCUGAUGACGAGCCACAAGAGCAGGACGCCAAGUCGAACACCACGCAUGCCAUCAAAGCAGCAUCGACUUCUUGCGUAAUGCGUUGCUUGGCCACGGUACAUGCACUGCAAAGGGAGCGAGGACACACAGCGCUGGCUUUGGCGCUGAAGGGCACACCGCAAGGUGAAAGUGCUGCGAAAGCCAUGCACGACGCCCGUGCAGCACUGGACCUUUUGCUCAAAGGUGACCCAGUAGCUGAAAGAGCUUUGCGCCUCUCUGGGCUGGAUGCCGGAGCUGCUGGUGCGGUGGCGGAGGAGUUGCGGAGAACACCUUUGUGGCUCAGCAGCUCGGUGCAAGUCUGCGCAAUGUCUUUAUUCUUAUCCGAGAAGAGGAUGAAGAGGUAG